AUGACCCGCCGCCGCUUCACAGCCAAGCUUAUUGCCCCAGGCAACCCUCAAAAACAAGAGGAGCUCGUCGCCUCGCGCUGGGUUGCUCCUUCGGAGAAUGGUCCCAUUUUGGUUCCUGGCCGCCGGCGUGUCGUGGUCGACAACGACGACUCUGGCUGGAAGGGCCCGCGCAAGCCGCGCACUACCUCUUCUGGCACCGCGUCUCCUUCGAGGUCUGUAUCACGCUCGGGCUCGAGAUCUGCUUCUGCGGGGCAAUCGCCUGCUCACCGUGGGAAUAAAUCUCAAGGGCGGAAAUCGGAGGGUUCGUUAUUUGGGUCGUAG